AUUUCUUCACAUGGCUUCUGAAGAAGUGACCAUUACAGUUCGCCUCAUUCGUUCAUUUGAGCACCGCAAUUUCAAACCUAUGGUUUAUCACGGAAUUAAUUUGAACCAAACUGUAAGGGAAUUUAUAGAAUUUCUAAAGCAAGAUAUCCCUUUAAGGACCAGCUUGCCACCACCAUUCCGAAAUUAUAAAUAUGAUAAACUGAAGAUUAUUCAUCAAGCACAUAAAUCAAAGACAAAUGAACUUGUGCUGGGUUUGGAAGAUGAUGACAGCCUUCUGCUGAAAGAAGACAGCUCCCUGAAAGCUGCAGGGAUUGCCAAUGAAACUGAAAUUGCAUUCUUCUGUGAAGAAGAUUACAAGAACCACAAAGCGAAUCCCAUUUCAUCCUGGUGAAGCCCUUGCCUGCUUCCUUUUUGCAU